AUGUUUUAUGCACCUAUAACAGCAGCUGCAUGGCAACGAAUAGGCUAUGAAGUAAUUGUUAUUUUUGUUGGUGAUUUUACUACUAAUAAUAAUGAUCGAUCAUUAUCAAAACAAUUUAAUAUAACUCGAAAUUUAUUAAAACGAUUAGGUGUGUAUGUAAUC